CACGCUCCCGCUCCCCUCUCCUCGGCAGCCAUGGCAUGUCAGCCUGUGCUCUGUUCCUGUGCAGACGAUAACAGCAACCAGAGCUCCAUAGCGGACGCCUCUCCCAUCAAACAGGAGAACAGCAGCAACUCCAGCCCUGCCCCCGAGCCCAACGCACCUGUGCCCAGUGACGGCCCCGAAGCCAAGGCUGACGAGGCGCAGGCCGACCGAAAAGAGCACCCUGGAACUGAAGAUGCCUCUGACGAGCAGAAUUCGCAGUCCUCGAUGGAAAACUCAAUGAACAGCUCAGAAAAAGCGGACCAGCAGCCAUCUGCAGAGUCGGGGUUGGCGGCAGCAGAAGCUUCCGCAGUCUCUCAGGAUUUGGAAGGAGUGCCGCCCUCUAAAAAGAUGAAGCUGGAAUGCUCUCAACAGAACUCUGAAGAGAUGUAGACGCCCAGUGGAACCCAUUGGUCCAUGUUUCAUGGCAGGUACCUCCGCAGGCUUAAUCCUAGAACGUCGCCCAAGCGAUUCCUCUCGGGGGCGAACAGAACUAACGUUUCAAGUUUACUAAGUGCAAAUCCAAGAAAAACCUAGAACGGCGGAACUUCUCAGACACUGACGAACUCUGCUGUGAAGCGGAAACCCUCGAGCGACUGUCCCUGGGGAGGCGGGUCGACAGCUCAGGAGUGUGUCUGCACACUGUCUCGGAAGCCAAGAUUACAUUUGUGUUGCUGCUG